AUGGUUGAAAACUCUACUGUAGUUGAAAGCUCUACUGUGGUUGAAAGCUCUACUGUGGUUGAAAGCUCUAUUGUGGUUGAAAGCUCUACUGUAGUUGAAAGCUCUACUGUGGUUGAAAGCUCUACAGUAGUUGAAAGCUCUACUGUAGUUGAAAGCUCUACUGUGGUUGAAAGCUCUAGUGUAGUUGAAAGCUCUAUUGUGGUUGAAAGCUCUACUGUGGUUGAAAGCUCUACUGUGGUUGAAACUAGAUAUGAUUUCUACACUAAAGACAGUGAUAGUCAACACCUAUUUAAAGAUCUGUCGUCUGUAAUUGAAAGCUCUACUUUUGUUGAAAGCUCUACAGAGGUUGAAAGCUCUACUGUGGUUGAAAGCUCUACUGUAGUUGAAAGCUUUACUGUAGUUGAAAGCUCUACUGUAGUUGAAAGCUCUACUGUGGUUGAAAGCUCUACUGUGGUUGAAAGCUCUACUGAGGUUGAAAGCUAUACUUUAGUUGAAAGCUUUACUGUAGUUGAAAGCUCUACUGUAGUUGAAAGCUCUACUGUGGUUGAAAUCUCUACUGUAGUUGAAAGCUUUACUGUGGUUGAAAGCUCUACUUUUGUCGAAAGCUCUACUUUUGUUGAAAGCUCUACAAAAGUUGAAAGCUCUACUUUUGUUGAAAGCUCUACUGUGGUUGAAAGCUCUACUGUGGUUGAAAGCUCUACUGUAGUUGAAAGCUCUACUGUGGUUGAAAGCUCUACUGCGGUUGAAAGCUCUACUGCGGUUGAAAGCUCUAUUGUGGUUGAAAGCUCUACUGAGGUUGAAAGCUCUACUGUGGUUAAAAGCUCUACUGUUGUUGAAAGCUCUACUGUGCUUGAAAGCUCUAGUGCAGUUCAAAGAUCUACUGUGGUUGAAAGCUCUACUGUGCUUGAAAGCUCUACUGAAGUUGAAAGAUCUACUGUGGUUGAAAACUCUACUCUUUAG